GUCGUUUAUGGUCGCCCUGCCCUGUCCGCCUCACCGCAAAUCACUGGGGAAAGGGCCGUCGCAGCGCCGAAAUCGCGCCGGGCGGGGAAUGUUUUGGCGCACGGGAAUCGAGAUAGUGAGAGGAGAGAGCGAGGAAGGAGAUUGUUAGCAUACGGGCCUUGCAGGAAGGAGGAGAAGAAAUGAUGGACGAUUUGGGGAUGGAGGGGCGGGAAUGGCUUGGGGUGAGAGGAGGAGGGGCAAGGUGGGGUUCUGAUGUUCGGGUUCGGAUAGGGGCUCGCGUUCGGAUGCGGCUGCAAGGUGUGGUGAGCUGUACCUGCGGGUGGAUGCAGAAGGGAAGAGGAAGGAGGGGAGGAGGAAAGGCCGACGCGACGAAGACGGACGACGACGGCGACGCCAACGACAGGAAAGAAGACGAAGAAGAUGAAAAACGGGGGAAGCCUACAGCACAGCACGAUGGAAGUAGAGCGUGUGUGGAGAAGGAGAUUUUGUUUGGCAGUCAUGCCAUGUGGGCACGGUCGUCGUCGCGGACUCAAGUCGAUGUUUCAGUAUUGUGUUGGGCUCGCAACAACACAAUCGUCUCUUUUCUUCCCUCGAUCCAUUAUUUCUUCAUUUCCGGUUUUUUCUUAAUUUUCCCUUUAUCUUUCUUCCGUCACUCGCAUCUAUUGUCUUUGUCCUUGAUCUGCUGCAUACAUUGCGGGGGGGGUUUUCUCUGGAUUUUUGGUCAUUUCUCGGUUUGAACUCUUGGUCAAACUUUUACUACUACUGCUACUGCUUCUGCGAGCGCGGCAUUGGUUGGGCGUUGCAGCGCUUUUUCUAUUUAUUUUUUAUUUUUUUUUU